UUUCUUGUGACUAAAUUGAUGUAAUAAUGUUAUUGAAUUUCCUUAAGUUUAAAGUUUCGCCUGGACUGCUUGUGACAAAAAGGCUGCACAAAUAUGUUAUUUCUUUAAGAAUCAUGGACGAUCAACAUAACAACGAACAGAAGAGAAGAAAAAUAGGUCGAGGAGCCUCAUCGGGGAACCUCAACAAAAAUUCUUCACACAGUUACAACUUCCAAAGUCAUCGACAGAAUGCUAAACCAUAUCAGGAUAAACAUUGUUGGAACAAUCAUCAAGACAUUUGGGAGCAUCAACAGAAUGCAAGUCUGCCAUUUCUUAUGCUUCAGCAGGCUAGUCAACAGUUACAAAUGAAUCAAGAAUACAUCAACAGAAUGCAAGCUAUUGAUCAAAUCCCUAAAACAAUUUUUACAAUAAAUUGUGGAGAAGUCCGUCCCAAAGAUGAAGGUGCAAGAGUUAAGAUAUCAGGAAAAGUUGUGAAACGUCCUCGAACUGGAAGAUUUCUGGAAAUUCGUGAUUGUAAAGGAUCCACACAACUUGUGGCGACAGAUGACAAACCAGAAAUUUCAUUGAAAUUUAAAUCCAUAGCUCCUGACACUUACAUCACUGUCGUUGGAACAGUUCAAUUAAGACCAAAUAAUUUCAUCAAUAAUUCAAUUUCAACAGGAGCAUGUGAAAUAGCAGUCGAAGAAUUUUGUCGUGUUGUUCCACCAAUCACAGAAAUAACUUUAAACGACAUUCCAAUGUCGUCACAACAUCAACAACGAAACUACUCAACGAUAACUAAUAACAAAUCUCAUGGAAUUACAAGUACAGAAUAUAAGAAAUCAAAAAGUGAAAAUAUUAUGAAAUAUUUUGUGAAUCGUGAGACGACUUGUGGCGAUCUUAGACGUGAUGAUGUCGGUCGUAUUGUGACACUUGUUGGAUGGCUUGAUUCAAAGAAGCAUGGAAAAUUUCUUCAACUUAAAGACGGUUAUGGAUUGACACAAAUUAUUGUGGAUUCUGAUGACAUGAAUCUUCGAAGCACUGUCGCAAAUGUUCAAGAAGAUAGCAUUGUGCAAGUGAAAGGCCGGGUCAUAAGUCGACCACCGAAUAUGGUUCGAAACAAUCUCGACACAGGUGAAAUUGAAGUUAUGGUCAGUGAGUUUACAAUUCUUGACCCUCUUGUUGAAUAUGACGAUAAAGAAGAGACAUGUGAAGUGUCAUCAGGAAUGGAUGUUGAGAUUGAAUCAACUCCUGACAUUCCACAGAAAAUCUCUCCAAGAAUAUCCGAUAAAGCAAAGCUUAAUCUCUUUACAUAUCGAACUCAUACUUGUGGUGAAUUAAAUGAAUCAAAUAUUGGGCAAGAAGUGACAUUAACUGGGUGGUUUGAAUUUCAAAGAAUGAGAAAGUUUUUCACACUUCGUGAUGGUUACGGAUGUUCACAAGUUAUUAUUCCUGAUGAACUUUGUAGCACUUACAACAUUGAAGCGAUUCCGUUCGAAAGUGUUUUGAAAGUUCAUGGAGUUGUCCUUGCACGUCCCAUUGGAAUGAAGAAUCCAACAAUGUCCACUGGAGGUAUUGAAAUUGUUUUGAAAUCGCUCACUCUGUUAAAUGAAUCGAUGAAGAACCUUCCAAUUGAAAUCAGAAACUUCAAUCGAGCGAAGGAGAAUCUUCGGCUUGAACAUCGUUAUCUUGAUCUUCGAUUUAGUGACAUGCAGAAGAAUCUUCGAAUUCGAUCGAAAGUUUUAAUGAAAAUGCGUGAAUAUCUCAUUCAUCAUUGUGGAUUUAUUGAAGUUGAAACGCCGACAUUAUUCCGACGUACCCCGGGCGGUGCUCAAGAAUUUGUUGUUCCAUCGCAAAAAGCUGGAAAAUUUUAUUCGCUUGUUCAAAGUCCACAACAAUUCAAGCAACUUCUCAUGGUCGGUGCUAUUGAUCGAUAUUUUCAAAUUGCACGAUGUUAUCGUGAUGAAGCAACGAGACCUGAUCGUCAACCUGAAUUUACUCAAUUGGACAUUGAACUUUCGUUUACUGAUCGUGAGAAGAUUAUGGCACUUGUUGAAGGCCUUCUUGUACAUUGUUGGCCGGAAAGUAAUGGAACGUUAUCAACGCCAUUUCCAAAGAUGACUUACGAUGAUGUUAUGGAUAAAUACGGAAGUGACAAACCAGAUUUGAGAUUCGACAUGCAAUUACAGAAUGUCACAAAUCUUUUAGCACUCAAUGAAGAAUUAUCAAAUGAAAGUCCGGAUUUUGCAGCUUAUGCAAUAAUUCUUAAACAUCCGCAAUCGAAUAUUCGCAAUGCAUUGAAGAAAGAUUUAAAAGCUUUGGAAAAAGAUUUGCAAGCGAAACUUGUUGUUAGUAAUAUUGCUGUGGAAAAUAUCAUGGAUUGGGUGGAAGGUCCUUUAAAGAAUCUUUUAACAAGUGUCGUGCUUAAAGCUCUCGCUGCAAAUUUCCAUCUCGAAUCGAAUGAUUUGUUAGUUAUUGGCUAUGGAAGGAAAGUUGACUGUCAAACAUUGAUGGGAAAAGUGAGAACUUCUUUGUAUAAAGAUCUUGAAAUUCGUGGAUUAGUUGAAGAAAGAAUCAAGCAGGAAAAUAAAUUUCUUUGGGUGAUUGACUUUCCAAUGUUCACAAGGAAUGAGGAAAAGAAUAUUUUAGAGAGUACACAUCAUCCUUUUACAGCACCACAUCCUGAUGAUGCUAAUUCAGUUGAUGAUCUUUGUAAUGCAAGAUCACUUGCUUAUGAUUUAGUUUUAAACGGACAAGAGAUUGGAGGUGGAUCGAUAAGAAUUCAUGAUGCAGAACUUCAGAAACAUGUUCUCGAUGAGGUUCUUAAACUUCCAAGAGAACAUUUGAAACAUAUGAUUGAAGCAUUGAAAUCAGGCGCACCACCACAUGGUGGAAUAGCAUUGGGAAUUGAUCGAAUAAUGUCGAUAAUUUGCAACACAAAUUCAAUUCGUGAUGUCAUUGCAUUUCCAAAAGCUUUCGAAGGAAAGGAUCCAAUGUCGAAGGCACCUUGUGAGAUCUCAGAAGAAGAGAAGAAACUUUAUCAUAUCAAAAUUAUUGAAGAUGAAGAAGCAAAUGAAGAUGAAGCAAUGAGUAGUGAGAAAAAAGGAAACUGAAAUUGUUAACAUUGAAAUUUAGCAAUUAUUUUGGCGUUUUUGUCUAGUUAGAAUUUUGUUUAUAUUUACAAUCGUUUAUAGUCAUUUCAAGCUACUGGAAUGCUUUCAUUGAGUCCGCCAUUAAUUAAACAAAGUACGAAAAUAAAGAAAUAAUUCUUCCUGUCAUGAUUAAGAAAUAUUAUGAAUAAAAAUUUAAAGUUUAGAACUAAGAAA